UCUUGCAUGUAAUCAUGUGGAAACCAUCAACUUCCCCCGCCUUCCUCACUCCUUCAAGUAAAGCGCCAGUGUGAAGGAAACGUCAUCAUUCUUCAGAUGGAGCUGUCCGCGGUACUGAAUUCCUGGCUAUCGGACUGACACGAGACAAGGAGAGUAGGGCGCGAUCAACAGAUGGGCUGAUAGAACCCGUGUUCUCCGUGCUUCCAAAAGACUGCAAGGAAAAGUCUGUUUCUUUUUCUUUUGCAUAGAUCAGAAAACAUUGCGCUGCUUUCACCUAAGUAUCUACAAUCAUUCCUUCUCGGUCAACGGGCACCAAUAAUGUUUCUUCUGCAGAUCUAAACACAUAGCAAAAAAGAAGACCCUUACACGUGGACUUUUUGUGUUCUCUUUUCUUUUCCAUUCCUUGCGCUUCUAUCGCCGUUCUCCUCCGGUUAUCUGGUUUUUGGACCCUUCAUAAUCUCGUCCCAAAAUGGAAAAUAUGUUACCUGCCCAAGAGGCAGCCAAAAUCUACCACACCAAUUACGUGAGGAACUCCCGGGCGAUUGGCGUGCUGUGGGCGAUAUUAACCAUCUGCUUCGCCAUCAUCGCAGUGGAGGUCUUCAUUCAGCCCUACUGGAUCGGGGACAGCGUCGACACCCCCCAGGCCGGUUACUUCGGCCUCUUCCACUACUGUAUAGGAAACGCGCUGACCUCGGAGCUGAUCUGCAAGGGGAGCGUCCUUGACUUCGGCUCCAUCCCGUCCGCAGCUUUCAAGACUGCUAUGUUCUUCGUUGGGAUCUCCAUGUUGUUGAUCAUGGGCACGAUCGUCUGCUUUACCCUAUUCUUCUUCUGCAACAGCGGCAGCGUUUACAAGAUAUGUGCCUGGAUGCAACUCGCGUCUUCUGUCUGCAUGGUGAUGGGCUGCAUGAUCUACCCCGAUGGCUGGGACUCGGAGGAGGUGAAGCGGAUGUGCGGACAGCGGACAGACAAGUACACGCUGGGGAACUGCACGGUGCGCUGGGCCUACAUCCUGGCCAUCAUCAGCAUCCUGGAUGAGCUCAUCCUCUCCUUCCUAGCCUUCGUACUGGGCAACCGGCAGGACAAACUGCUGCCCGAGGACUUCCAGGUGGAGGGAAAAGUUCAUGCAUGAAGCCCUUGACUAAAAAACCACCCCUUACG